AUGGCGACAGUCAGUGGAUCAGAAACGUUUUUGCCUCUUGCCCUGAUGGAUAAGUGCAUAGGCAGCAAAAUAUGGGUUAUGCUGAAGGGUGACAAGGAAAUAGUUGGGAAGCUCGUCGGAUUUGAUGAAUACGUGAAUAUGGUCCUAGAAGAUGUUACGGAAUACACAUACGUAAACAACGUUAAGAAAGUGAAUAAAAUAAAAAAGUUGCUGCUCAACGGUUUGAAUAUAACAAUAAUGGUCCCAGGAGGUGUCCCUGUUAAUUACUACGAUUAUGAAGAAAAGCUGGAGGAAAACAUCGCAUGA